AUGAAAACAUUUGUCAUUGGAAUCAGUGGUGUGACAAAUGGUGGGAAGACAACACUGGCUAAGAAUUUGCAGAAACACCUUCCAAACUGCAGUGUCCUAUCUCAGGAUGAUUUUUUUAAGCCAGAGUCUGAGAUAGAGACAGAUGAAAAUGGAUUUCUGCAGUACGAUGUGCUCGAAGCGCUUAACAUGGAGGAAAUGAUGUCCACCAUUUCCUGCUGGAUGGAAAACGCAACACACUCUCUGGUAUCAACACAUGAGGAAAGCACUGAGGAAAUUCCCAUCUUAAUUAUUGAAGGUUUCCUUCUCUUCCAUUAUAAGCCCCUUGACACUAUAUGGAAUAGAAGCUAUUUUCUGACAAUUCCGUAUGAAGAGUGUAAGCGGAGGAGGAGUGCAAGGGUCUACAAUCCUCCAGACGUCCCAGGGUACUUUGAUGGCCACGUGUGGCCCAUGUACCUAAAGCACAAAAAAGAAAUGGAGAAUGUCUCCUGGGAAAUUGUUUAUCUAGAUGGAACAAAAUCUGAGGAAGACCUCUUUUCACAAGUAUAUGAAGAUCUAACACAAGAACUAGCAAAGCAAAAGGGUGUGCGAGUGACAGCAUAA